AUGACGGGGCAACAGAGCAGCUGGUGGUCUCGAGUAAGCGGCGGAGGCAAGGUCGGCUUCGACAAGGCCUGGAAUCUCGUCGACAAGCUGGGCGCCCCUGUAAACAAGCUGAGCAACAAGCUGGGCUCCGAGGCCUUCUGGCCGACCACCUUGGACAAGGAGAGCGACAAGGCUGCACGCAUCUUGCGCAGCUUCUGCAAGGAUGGCUUCUACCAAGAAGAAACUACCGACGCGACAACAGACGGUCCCAAGGCAAAGCAGAAGGUCCUGAAACAUAUCCCUCCAGAAGUUAUCAAGAAUGCAAAAGGCCUCGCCAUCUUCACGACAAUGCGCACCGGUCUAUGGGUGUCCGGCGCUGGCGGUUCAGGUGUUCUGGUAGGCAGGACAGCCGACGGCAGCUGGUCACCUCCAUCAGGCAUCAUGUUGCACACUGCCGGUCUCGGCUUUCUAGUCGGCGUCGACAUCUAUGACUGUGUAGUCGUCAUCAACACCCAAAAGGCUCUCGAUGCCUUCUCCAAGAUCAGAUGCACUUUAGGCGGAGAAGUCAGUGCCGUCGCUGGACCUGUGGGUGCCGGUGGUCUUAUCGAAACCGAGAUUCACAAGAGACAAGCCCCUAUAUUCACAUACCUCAAGUCGCGAGGCUUCUAUGCCGGUGUCCAGAUUGACGGUACAGUUGUCAUCGAAAGAACCGACGAAAACGAGCGCUUCUACAACGAAAAAAUAUCCGUCGGCGACAUCUUAGCCGGCAGAAUACGCCAUCCACCCCUCGAGUGUCGUCCGCUUCUUGAGACCAUCAAAGCCGCGCAAGGCGACAAAGACGUCGAUCAAUCCAUACUUCCUUCAGCUCCGCCACCGAGCGACCUCGACAUCAACAACCCGGACCACUUUUUCGGCAUCCCGGACAAAGAAGAUCCGGACCCGUACGGUGUCCUGGCUCUUGAAAAAGAAGGAAUGAGCAUCCGUGAAGCAGGAACACAAAAACGAGCUAGCUGGGAGCAGUUCAACUUCCAGCCUGCUCCCACAAGUCCCAUCUUCAACACUUUCAGUCGACAGAGCUUGGACAAGAACGGUAACCGUAACCGCAGCAGCAGCAACUCCACCUUCAAGACGACUUCAAACCUGUCGCAAACGCCCCUCUCGAGCGCCAGUACAGCCGUCGAGCAACCCAAACGCGUCAGCGUCACACGCUCCAUGUCAGACAUGUGCACCCAGACGGACUUUGCUGAACCCAUCAGCCCACGCGUGGGCAGUUUCCGCAGUCGCCAAAGCAGUUUGCACGAAAUUGCCGAAGACAGCAACGUCCUCUCAGAGCCACGCCCAAAGAUCGAUCGCAAUCCAAGUUCGCGCUCAACACGUUCGAGUCCUAGACGUUCCUCAUUCCGCUCCUCGCACCGCCGUACGGAUAGUGGCAGCGACUCGCGCUCAGAUUCUCCACCACAGCAGGCAACGCCAGCAAAGCCGGAAAACAAGGACAUUGCCGAAGAAAGCUUUGACGAUGCCGACGAAGAUGGUGACGACACUGCUGACGAGGCCAUCAUUGAAGAGCCUGUCGUGCACUCGGUCCAGAAAGCCAACGCUCCUCAAUUCAUCUCUCGCGCUCGUCUCGUCGAAGUGCCUAAACGAAUCACACCAAAGCUUCCUCCCCGCAACCCCAACCGUGGCAAAGGUCCCGUAGUUAUCAAUGCUGAACCCGGAGCUCAGCGUCCUUCUUCCACCGAGCUUUCGAGCCCUGAAGAGUCUCCCCUCAAGGCCAACAAGCCUCAAUGGAGUGUACCUUCUAGCCCAGAUAAAUUGAGCGCUGACAGCCCUGGCUUCGGCGACCCUUCACCUAGCCCUGGUGAAGAGAGAAACCCAUGGGGUCAUAUUCUGGAACAACACCGGAGGAACGAGAGCCAAGAUUCACUCGACAUGCCUGGAACGUUCCAUUCCCUCCCUCCUACUCCAAAUGAGACGAGAGAGGGUGCCCAAGCAUCUUAG